GAGAGAGAGAGAGAAUCAAAUCCUUCCCCCUCCCAUUUGUGACAAUGACUCCAUUUUUAGAUUUAGACUUAAGACUCCUCCAUCUCCAUUCUUUCUCUUCAGCAACUUCAAUGUUUCUCACUCAUCUUUCCUUCAACUUGUCAAUCUAAUUCUGUUCUAUACCUUUCUUUUCUUCUUUUCUCUCUUUACUCCAUCAACCAUCUCUACUGUACUGCCUCUCUCUCUCUCUCUCUCUCUGAAGCUCCUGCUAUGCCCUCUGACCGUUUUAUUGUCACACUGUAAAUAAAUUAAAUAAAUACUCUCACCCGGUUCUUGUGACGCCCGACAGCUCUGAACCUCGUAUCCAGACCCGCAAAAACCACUGAGGAUCUGUCCCUGCUGUUGCUUGUCUCCCAACUUUUUGUUGUCUUGCUUGAUUGAACGGUUCGUUUUCCAGAUGGAAGCCGGAUGAAUGUAGAGGGAGCGGGAAAGGCUGAGAACUGAAAAGAUUUUUCCUUGUAGGGAUUGGUUUUCUGCGCCAUGAUGAGAGGACACUGGAAGCUUGUGGUCAAGUUGGUUCUGGUUUUUUGCUGUUUCUGUGGAUCAUCACAAGCAAGGAAGCUGUCUUCGCAGAACAGUGAGGUUUUGGGAUUAAUGGCCUUCAAGGAAUCCAUAGCCGCUGAUCCCAACGGCGUUCUGGCCAACUGGGUUUCUUCCGCCGCCAGCCCCUGCUCUUGGCGCGGCCUUUCCUGCUCGGAUCAAGGCGGCGUCACGGUGGUUGACCUCACCAACGCCGGCCUAAUUGGCGGCCUUCAAUUAGACACCCUCAUAGCCUUGCCAAGCCUCACCCGCCUGUAUCUCAGUGGCAACCACUUCUCAGGCAACCUUUCGGUGGCGCCGCCGCCGUCUUGCCGCCUUGAGACCCUGGACUUGUCCUCCAACAACUUUUCAGAGCCGCUCUAUGCUCAGGCUUUGCUGCACUCUUGUGCUAGCCUUGCUUCUCUCAACCUCUCCAGGAAUUCCAUUCCUGGAGGUGCUCUCAAGUUUGGACCUUUUCUUUCUCAGCUAGACCUCUCCCGGAACCAGAUUUCUGAUUCUGCAAUGUUGAGCUACUCCCUUUCCAAUUGCCAGAGCCUCAAUCUGCUCAACUUCUCAGACAACAAGCUGUCAGGAAAAUUGGAUUCAUAUACUCCGUCUUCUUGCAAGAAUCUGUGGACACUGGACCUCUCUAACAACCACCUUUCUGGAGAUAUUCCGGCCGGUUUUAUGGUGGAGUUGGAGUCUCUCAGAGUCCUCGAUCUCUCCCACAACAACUUCACUGGAAACUUCUUUAGUCUUCAGUUCAAUAAUUGCCAUAAUCUGACUCUGCUAAGUCUUUCUUUCAACAGUCUAUCUGGGACAGGUUUUCCAGAUGGCUUGACAAAUUGCCAGGUUCUUGAAACUCUCGAUGUUAGCUACAAUAAGCUGACAUUUGAGAUUCCAGGGGAGCUGCUAGGGAGUUUGAAGAGCCUGAGGCAUCUUUAUUUGUCCAGGAAUCGGUUAUCAGGAGAAAUUCCCCAAGAAUUGGGGCAGGCUUGUGGGACUCUUCAGGUGCUUGAUCUGUCUGGAAACAAGCUAACUGGUGGGCUUCCUUCCACUUUCGCGGCCUGCUCUUCAUUGUUGACUCUCAAUCUUGGCAACAAUCAGCUUUCAGGAAAUUUCCUAAGUACUGUAGUAAGAUCCAUGCCAAGCCUCAAGUACCUCUAUGUUCCCUUCAACAAUAUAACUGGCCCUCUGCCACCGUCCUUGAUUAAUAGGACUCAGCUUCAAGUGCUGGACCUCAGUUCCAAUGCUUUAACAGGGAGUAUACCUUCUGAGUUCUGUUCCUCAGCAUCAUCGUCUCCCGUCCUGGAGAAGCUUUUUUUGGCCAACAAUUACCUCGCAGGGUCAGUACCAUCAGAGCUUGGAAACUGCAAGAACCUGAGGGCAAUUGAUCUUAGUUUCAACGACCUUGUUGGUCAAAUCCCCUUGGAAGUUUGGACUCUGCCAAAUCUUUCAGACUUGGUUAUGUGGGCUAACAACCUCACAGGGGAAAUCCCGGAAGACAUCUGCAUUAAUGGCGGGAAUCUUGAGACGCUGAUUCUGAACAACAAUCUUAUUACUGGAAAUCUACCACUGUCCAUUGGUAACUGUGCAAACUUGAUUUGGGUGUCACUAGCCAGCAACCGUCUGACUGGGGGUAUACCUUCAGGAAUUGGAAAUCUUGUGAAGCUAGCUAUCCUCCAACUAGGUAAUAAUUCACUCAGUGGAGAGAUCCCGAGGGAACUUGGUAACUGCAGGAGCCUAAUCUGGCUUGAUUUGAAUAGCAAUGCCCUGACUGGUCCGGUUCCAAUGGAGCUUGCCAACAAUGCCGGCUUGAUUUCUCCCGGAAUUGUCUCUGGGAAGCAGUUUGCAUUUGUGAGGAAUGAAGGUGGGACAGCUUGCAGAGGUGCUGGAGGACUAGUUGAAUUCGAGGGCAUUCGGCCAGAAAGGUUGGAAAGGCUUCCCAUGGUGCACUCUUGUCCAACGACUAGAAUCUACUCUGGUGCGGCAGUGUACACAUUUACAAGCAACGGCAGCAUGAUCUACCUUGACCUCUCCUACAAUUCCUUGUCAGGAACUAUCCCGGGGAGCUUAGGAUCAAUUGCUUUUCUCCAGGUCUUGAAUUUGGGACACAACAAUAUUACUGGAAACAUCCCAUUCAGCUUAGGAGGUUUAAGGGCUAUUGGUGUUCUUGAUCUCUCUCAUAAUAACAUCCAGGGAUACAUUCCAGGGUCUUUAGGCAGUCUAUCAUUUCUCAGUGACCUUGAUUUGUCGAACAACAAUCUCUCAGGGAUCAUUCCAUCCGGUGGUCAGCUGACUACUUUCCCACCCUCCAGAUAUGAGAACAAUUCAGGUCUUUGUGGGGUUCCCUUGCCCCCUUGUGGCUCUGGAAAUGGGCGCCAUUCGCCAAGCUCUCAUCAUCACAGGAAUAAGAAGGCCAUGACUGCAGAGAUGGUCAUUGGCAUUGGGGUAUGUCUUCUCUGUAUUCUUGUGCUCAUGCUUGCCCUUUACAGGAUAAAGGAAAUUCAGCGGAAAGAACAGAAGCGAGAGAAGUACAUAGAAAGCCUCCCAACUUCUGGUGCCAGCAUCUGGAAACUAUCUGAUGUUCCCGAGCCCCUCAGCAUCAAUGUGGCCACAUUUGAGAAGCCUCUGCGGAAGCUGACUUUUGCGCAUUUGCUUGAGGCUACCAAUGGUUUCAGUGCUGACAGCUUAAUUGGCUCUGGAGGGUUUGGUGAGGUCUACAAGGCCCAGCUGAGAGAUGGCUCUGCUGUUGCAAUUAAGAAGCUUAUUCGCAUAACAGGUCAGGGAGACAGGGAGUUUAUGGCGGAAAUGGAGACCAUAGGGAAGAUCAAACACCGAAACCUGGUUCCUUUGUUGGGUUACUGCAAAGUUGGAGAAGAAAGGCUUCUUGUGUAUGAGUACAUGAAAUGGGGAAGUUUGGAGUCUGUUCUUCAGGACAGGGCCAAAGGAGAGGGCUCUAAGCUUGACUGGGUAGCGAGAAAGAAGAUUGCCAUUGGCUCGGCAAGAGGACUGGCAUUUCUUCACCACAGCUGCAUCCCUCACAUUAUCCACCGGGAUAUGAAGUCCAGCAAUGUCCUGCUGGAUGAAAACUUUGAAGCCAGGGUGUCUGAUUUUGGCAUGGCAAGAUUGGUUAAUGCACUUGACACGCAUCUCAGUGUGAGCACACUUGCAGGGACCCCAGGUUAUGUUCCUCCGGAGUACUACCAGAGUUUUAGGUGUACCACAAAGGGGGAUGUAUAUAGUUAUGGUGUCAUACUGCUGGAACUUCUGUCGGGAAAGAAACCGAUAGAUCCAUCAGAGUUUGGUGAUGACAACAAUCUGGUUGGAUGGGCAAAGCAGCUUCAGAAAGAGAAGCGAAGCCAUGAUAUACUGGACCCUGAACUGAUUUCACAUGAUUCUGCUGGAGCUGAGCUAUACCAGUGUUUAAAAAUUGCUUUUGAGUGCCUGGAAGAUAGGCCUUUACGUAGGCCAACCAUGAUUCAGGUGAUUUCGAUGUUUAAAGAUCUUCAGACAGAUUCGGAGAGUGAUAUCCUCGAUGACAUCUCACUGAAAAAUACCGUAAUUGAGGAGCCACAAGAGAAGGAACCGUAGUUGGCAACACCUGAGUCUAAUUGGAUUGAAAUGAUUUUCUAUCGCCAACUUGCCUACUACUGCUUCUGCAGAGAAUUGAACCUCAUUUUUGGGAUGGGGUUUACUCUCCAUGCUUUUUUACUUACUGUAAAUAAUAGAACACUGAAGGAGAUAGAAGCUAUGGAAAAGGGCAAAGCAAACAAUAGACUGGGAUCUUCUCAGUUGCUGAAGGCUGAAGCUGGAGCUACUUCACCUCGAUUAUUUCUUGGUCAGAUUGUCUGUUGGUAAAAAUCUUGGAGACUUCGUUCCUUUCCCAUUCGCUUCUGUUUCCUGUCACAGUUUUGCUCUAUCUUGCUGUUUGUUUGUUACAAUUGUUCAUUGCUAUUUUUAGUAGAGAUGUGGUAAUUGAGAAAUCACAGCAGCUCUAGUAUUGUGAA